UCACGAAAGCAUAUUCGGUGAAUGAUGACACAACAGAACGUCAGUUUUCCCCGUUUUUCUUGCGCCGCUCUCAUUCGUAUCAACAGUUUUGGGUUGAGGGUGGGAAACAUACAUCGAGUGAAUGUGAAAAUCGUGAAAACUCGUCGUGCGCAUUGAUUAUUUUCCGUUUUCCUGUGAUCGCCCUCAGAAGGAUACUGUGGCUCGAAAAGUAGGUAAUCGCUGGAUAACGAUUGGCAGUGCGUUAAUCGUCUUCUGAAGCAGAGCUCUCUAACGGAAGUGGCUUACGGUUUUCCGGAUUGUGUAGAAACCGUAGAGUUGGAACUUAUCUGGAGAUAAGUUUUCUCUAUCGAGGCAUUCAGAAGAAUUUUUGAGCAAACAAUCUGGUGACUAAUAUUUAGCAGCUGAAUAAACGAUGGCGGUGAUGAUGAAAGCAACGAAAUGCCCUACGGAUGAGCUAUCGCUCAAAAAUAGGGCCAUCGUCAAUAGUACGGACUUCCCGGAAGACAUAAAGUACAUCGAUGUCUCAACAGCUCCUGGGCAGCACUUCAUCUUUUCUGUCGAACGAUGCCCGGACAUACCCAACUACUGUAUCGGCUUCUCCCUGCUUCAACGCAAAUGGGCAACAUUGUCAAUUAAUCAGGACAUAUCUGUGAAACCUUAUUUUUUCGAUCGUUCUUCAGAAGUAUUGUGCAAUGUUAGUAUUGAGGUGGAUUUUCUGCAGAAGAAAACAACCACGUUGGAACCCUAUGACAGCGAUCAAAUGGCGAAGGACUUUGUCCUGCAAUUUUCCGGUCUGGCGUUGACCGUUGGUCAACCGCUAGUGUUCAGCUUCCAGGACAAGAAGCUGCUUGGCCUGUGCAUUAAGUCGCUGGAAGCAAUCGAUGCCAAACAGGAAGGCAAACAGGAAGCGAAGAGAACCAAUUUCGGUCGACUGCUUGGCAACACAUCGGUCACCUUUGAGAAGGCGGAAAACUCCUCGCUGAAUCUGGUUGGCAAGGCGAAGGGCAAGAUUGUGCGCCAAUCGAUCAUCAAUCCGGAUUGGGACUUUGGAAAAAUGGGCAUCGGUGGUUUGGACAAGGAAUUCAACGCCAUUUUCCGGCGCGCGUUCGCUUCUCGAGUUUUUCCACCGGAAAUCGUGGAACAACUGGGUUGCAAGCACGUGAAGGGUAUCUUAUUGUAUGGUCCUCCCGGUACUGGUAAAACCUUGAUGGCCCGUCAAAUCGGUAACAUGCUGAACGCACGUGAACCGAAGAUUGUGAAUGGUCCGCAGAUUUUAGACAAAUACGUAGGCGAGUCGGAAGCUAACAUCCGACGGUUGUUUGCCGAAGCUGAGGAAGAGGAGAAAAGGCUUGGUCCCAACAGCGGAUUGCAUAUAAUCAUCUUUGACGAAAUCGAUGCCAUUUGUAAAGCUCGAGGAAGUGUCGGUGGUAACAGUGGUGUGCACGAUACCGUAGUUAACCAACUGCUGGCGAAGAUCGAUGGUGUUGAGCAGCUGAACAAUAUCUUGGUCAUUGGUAUGACCAACAGACGGGAUAUGAUUGACGAGGCUUUGAUGCGUCCAGGUCGAUUGGAGGUGCAGAUGGAGAUUAGUCUUCCCAAUGAAGAAGGUAGAGUUCAGAUUUUGAACAUCCACACAAAGCGUAUGAGAGAAUUUAAGAAAAUCAACCCAGAUGUGGACAAUAAGGAACUUGCUGCUUUGACCAAAAACUUUAGCGGUGCUGAGCUCGAAGGUCUUGUUCGUGCGGCUCAGUCAACUGCUAUGAAUCGCCUCAUCAAAGCGGCAUCUAAGGUAGAAGUCGACCCUGAAGCCAUCGAGAAACUGAUGGUCAACAGAGGCGAUUUCCUAAAUGCGCUUGAAAAUGACAUAAAGCCGGCCUUCGGCACUGCUCAAGAAGCGCUUGAAAAUUAUGUCAUUCGUGGUAUCCUCAACUGGGGUCUGCCGGUCGCACACGUACUGGAGGAUGGUGCCCUCUAUACGCAGCAGGCUCGUGGUGCCGAAGGUUCCGGUUUGGUAUCAAUCUUGCUGGAAGGUCCACCAAACUCCGGGAAGACGGCACUUGCCGCCAAGCUGGCGAAGAUGUCCGACUUCCCAUUCGUCAAGGUGUGCACACCGGACGAUAUGGUCGGCUUCACGGAGAACGCUAAAUGUCUGCAGAUAAGAAAGUACUUUGACGACGCUUAUCGUUCAACGUUGAGUUGCAUUUUGGUAGACAACAUUGAAAGACUUUUAGACUAUGGUCCGAUUGGACCGAGGUAUUCUAAUCUUACUCUACAGGCUUUGCUUGUCUUGUUGAAGAAACAGCCCCCGCGAGGAAGGAAGUUACUAAUUCUUUGCACAACCAGUCAAAGGCAAGUUUUAGCGGAUAUGGAAAUGUUGUCGGCAUUUACUGCUGUGUUACAUGUGCCGAAUCUCUCAGAACCAGAACACAUUUUAUCAGUAUUGGAGCAGGAACAAGAUUUGUUUAACAGGCAGGAUCUCUCCACUGUCUAUAAGAGGAUGAAAGGUCACAAAGUAUUUGUGGGUAUCAAAAAGCUGCUCGACCUUGUCGACCUAACCAAGCAGAUUGACCCAUCACAGCGCGUGAACAAAUUCCUCUCCAAACUGGAGGAGGAAGGAGCGCUCGAUGCCGGAACAUCCAUCCAUUAACUUAUAACCGGAGGGUAGCUAUGGGAUCUAAGUAUUAUCUCUUUCAACGACGUAUUCUAAGGGAGGGCUCGGAAACGAAAAAAAACACAAUAAAGUACACCACCGCCUCUCACACAAUUCCCAAGUUGGAUAGUGAACACCAAAGGAGCGAGAGGCGUGUUUAAAACUAAUACUCUAAUAUAUAUAUUAGUCUUGUACUUUAAUAGUAAUGCGUACUAAUUACAACGUUCUAUGGCGCGUUGAUUUGAAAACGCUAUCAAUUAUAUACAGCUAAAUUGUUGGUCUUUACAAAAAGAGAACACAUACACACACGACAAGAAUAGAUAUAUGGACAAGAUUUUCUUCUACGCUAAGAUUAUUGCAAUAGUGAUUUCCUAAAGAGAAUCGUUCAAAGAUGAACGACGAAAUGCUUCUUUGCUGCAUGUUCAAUAAUCUCAGAUGAGUGCUAUCAAUUUCGGUUGUUGUGAAUAUAUGCUAUAAUAUUAAGCAUGGAGUGUAAAUUUAGUAUCUGAGGAUUAGUUCCACAUUGUUUUACUUUUAGAACAGCUGUUAGACCCUACAGAGUGUUUCUUGUUUGUAAAAUAUCAUAUGAUACAUCAAUCGACGUUGAGAGUCUGCAUUAAGUUUGUUAUCGGUGUGCAUGAAUUUCCGUUAUUUAAUUGUAUCAAAGCGUAGAGAAACUAAUAUUUAGCUGUGAUUCAUCAAUGGUUUUGAUGAUUCGCACCUUGGUUACCCUUCGUGAUUCGCCAAUAAGUAGGAAAAGUAAGAUUGCUGAAAUAAGUUAGGUCCUUACAAAUAAUUAAAUCGCAGUUGAAACUCAUUUGAAGCUUAAUGUAUCUACUACAGCUGAUUCGAUUUACAAAUUAAUUAUAGGAAUGAUAGUUAAACUUAUACAAAACAAAUCGUCGUACUGUUGAGCCGAUAUAUAAAAGAAUGAAAGUGAUUUAGUAACUAAAUUUUGUUAAACUAUUUCAGAAGUUUAUUAAGUUGUCGCCACAUUCCAUACCUAGAUUUACGCUAUCCAAUGAAGUGGAAGUCAUCCAAAUGUAGUCUUACGCCAUUUAUCGAAUGCAAUUUUAAUUCUAAUUAUUCAAUGUUGUGUUAGAAUAUCAGCUUCACAGAACAGCGAAUUUCAGGGACUUUUCUUUCAUUGUACAGUUUGAUCUAGUUAGGCUAUGUAGGUUUUGAGUUCAACAGUUUGUUUAUUUAUGCAAAAAUUGUUUUGCGUUUUAUCUGAAAUAAGUCAGAUAUUUUACUAAAUUUGUGUCUUUAGUUACAGUGAGGAACUGAAUUGUUACCCAAAGUAAGGAUGCAAAACAAAAUAUUCGAUUGAUUCGGUUUAGGAAUACUAAUUAGAUAUUGUAAAAUAAACCUGUUAUGACAACCA